CGGUCCUGCAGGAGCCGUAGCCGGUGCGUCCGCGCUGCGGGCCGGCCGAGGAGGGGCGCGCACGGGCGCACGGACGCGCGGACGCCGGCGCCCGCCCGGUAGCAUGUGGAAGCUGGGCCGGAGCCGGGUGCUCCUGGACGAGCCCCCAGAGGAGGAGGAUGGCUUGCGGGCGGGGCCGCCGCCCUCCGUCGCCGCCGCCGCCGCCGCCGCCGCCGCCGCCGCCGCGCAGGUUCAGGGAGCGAGUUUCCGAGGCUGGAAAGAAGUGACUUCGCUGUUUAACAAGGAUGACGAGCAGCACCUGCUGGAAAGAUGUAAAUCCCCCAAGUCCAGAGGAACUAACUUACGAUUAAAGGAAGACUCGAAGACGGAGAAGAAGUCUGGAUUUUGGGACAAUUUGGUUUUGAAACAGAGCACACAGUCUAAGAAACCAGAUGAGAUCGAAGGUUGGGAGCCACCAAAACUUGUUCCUGAAGAUGUGGCAGCCAACUCGGGUGACCCCAUGAGUGACCGUCUGUCCGGGCCAGGCUGGGAGGAGGAUGCCAGGGGCUCCACCAAGUACACCAGCCUGGCCGGCGCCGGGAACAGCUCGCGCUGGAGCCUCAGGUCAGCGGGGAAGCUGGUCAGCAUCCGUCGGCAGAGCAGAGGCCACCUGACGGACGACUGGGAGGAGCUGGAGUGACG